UUAAAUUUAAUUUCUUUUGAACUUUUCCAUUUCUUUGUCAUUUUAUUUUAUUUUUUAAGGUCGUUCACGAUAUCACCAGAAUUUGAUUCCGAGUUUUUCUUGGAAUUCUUGGUGGAUUUACUCUACCGGAAAAGUAAACAAUUUACUUCUUUUAAGUUUCUGAUUUUUCGCGUUUUUAGUUGAAUCUUCGAGGAACAGUUUCGCGCGAAGUUCAUUGCAAUCUGCGGUUCCCGUUCCAGUUCCAGUUUCAGAUUCCGAUCUCGUUUUGGAUUCAGUCGUGCCAAAAUGGCGAAACGUGGAUAUAAGCUGCAGGAAUUUGUGGCUCAUACAGGAAAUGUGAAUUGUCUAAAUAUGGGAAAAAAGACAUGUAGGCUUCUUAUUACGGGCGGAGAUGAUCAUAAAGUUAAUGUUUGGUCAAUUGGAAAACCCUCUUCUCUAAUGAGUCUAUGUGGUCAUACUAGUCCGGUGGAAUCUUUAGCUUUUGACUCGGCAGAAGUCUUGGUGCUUGCUGGAUCGUCUACAGGUGGGAUAAAGCUUUGGGAUCUGGAAGAAACAAAGAUGAUUCGCGGGCUUACCGGACACAGAUCUAAUUGCACUGCCUUGGAAUUCCAUCCAUUUGGUGAGUUCUUUGCAUCUGGUUCCAUGGACACAAAUCUAAAGGUUUGGGAUAUCAGAAAGAAGGGAUGCAUUCAUACGUACAAGGACCAUACUGGAGGCAUUAGUACGAUUAGAUUCACUCCUGAUGGCCGCUGGGUAGUUUCUGGUGGAUUCGAUAAUGUUGUAAAGGUUUGGGAUCUAACUGCUGGAAAACUCUUGAAUGAGUUUAAGUUUCAUGAAGGCCAUAUUCGCACCAUAGACUUUCAUCCUCUUGAGUUUCUCUUAGCCACAGGUUCAGCUGACAGAACAGUUAAUUUCUGGGAUUUAGAAACCUUUGAACUGAUUGGAUCUACGAGAUCUGAGGCCACUGGGCUUCGCUCAAUUGCCUUUCAUCCCGAUGGGAGAACCUUAUUCUGUGGAGCUGAUGAUGGUUUGAAGGUUUAUUCGUGGGAGCCAGUAGUUUUUCAUGAUUCUGUUGAUAUGGGAUGGUCAACACUUGGCGACCUUUGCAUCAAUGAAAGCAAACUUUUGGGUUGCUCACACUAUCGAAAUACUGUUGGAAUUUGGGCAGCAGAUGUGGAGCACAUUGAGCCAUACGGAAGAAAUUACCAAACAGAGAAGAAAUUUAGCCUUGAGAGAAGUUAUUCUUCGGUGGAAGUGGGGAGUGUCAUGAGGUCUACUUUGAGAUCACGACCCUUCUCUCCUGAUUGUGAGACAAAGGAAAUAAAGAAUAUAUAUAUUGACACUGCUGGCAGUAAUCAUAUUGCCACACGGAAAGAUGGCACUUUCAAUUCACCAAAAAAAGUGUCACUCCCAGUGGAUGCCUGUGAAAGAAGUAAUCUGGAAACAGAGAAGCCGAGUCCAGGAACAGAAGUUAAUGCUAAAUCUAAUGGACAAUCGGGUAAAAAGUCUUUUACCACACCUAGUGUGGUUCCACGGGAGAAUCCUAUUGUUAAAGACUCGAACAAUUCUGCAAAAGAACCCAUCACCUUUUCAAGGACAAAACCAGGCAUGCUGCUCAAACCAGCUCAUGUUAGAAGACCAUCUGUCAACAAGUUUAAGGUUGAAAAAUUGUCAGUUACAGUUGAACCAGGAACUCUCAGCAGUAUAAAAAGUGGGUUAGAUAGUGAAAAGGAUAUGAAUUCUCAAACUAGGCUUGUAUCAGAAGAUGGAGCUAGAAAAUCCUGUGAUGAAAAGGAUUCAAACAUCAAGAAUGUUAUAGAGAAAUCUGAAAAUGUGUCAUCAACACUGUCACCCCCUAAUCAAGAAACUUGUGAUGAAUCCCCUACUUCCAUCAAAGAUUCAAACUCUGUCAAGAUUGUCAGAGGAGUGGCUGUUGUUUCAGGUAGAACACGCACUCUGGUUGAGAAGUUCGAACGAAGAGAGAGAUUAAACAGCAGUGAUGAUCCGGUAACUAAUAGUACUCCUCCCAUGGUACCUGAAACAGAUGGAAUACCGGCCAUGAAGAAAACUGAGACACAAAUCUCCGAAACAAAAUCAGUCUCUGCCAAUGAUGUCAUCCAGAGCGGAAGUCAAAUUUCUAGAAUGGAAUCAACUUCAAGUUGUGAGGAAAGUAUUAUUGAUAUUCAGAUUUCUAGAGGGGAAGCAACUCCCGCUUCUGAUAGGCUCGUUACAGGAGAUCAAAUUUCUAGAGGAGAAUUAACCUUCACCCCUGAUAGGAUCAUUACCGGAAAUCAAACUUCUAGACAGGGAUCAACCAUUAUCCCUGAGAGGAUCAUUAUUGGAAACCAAAUUUCUAGAAGGGAAUCAAACUUGGCAUCUAGUGACAUCAUUACUGGAAAUCAAUUUUCUAGAAGGGAGUCUAAUUCGGCAUCUAGUGGCGCCAUUACUGGAAAUCAACUUUCUAGAUCAAAAUCAACCUCUUCUUAUAAUGUGAUCAUUACUGGAAACCAAACCAGAAGGGAAUCAGCUUCCAUUGCAAGUGGGGUCAUUUCUAGAAAUCAACUUUCGAGAAGGGAAGCAACCUCUGCUAAUGAUAGAAGUGGACCAAAUGGUACAAUUACUGAUAAUCAGAUUUCUAGGAGGGGAUUAAAUUCUGCUACUGAUGAGAAUGUUACUAUUGUUGAAAGCCAAAUUACAAAGGGCACAUCAUUCGCUUCUGAUGAUGGAAACAUAACUGAGAGUAUAAUGCAAACUCAUGAUAUAUUCUUAAGCACUCUUAGGUCACGUUUGACAAAAUUACAGGUGGUGCGACACUUUUGGGAAAAGAAUGACAUUAAAGGUGCAGUUGGUGUCCUGCGGAAACUGCCAGAUCAUUCUGUGCAAGCAGAUGUAAUCGGUGUUCUCAUGGAAAAAAUGGAGAUUCUCACCUUAGAUCUGUUUUCUGGCCUCCUUCCUGUGCUUAUGGGCUUAUUAGAUAGUAAAACGGAAAGGCAUGUAAAUAUCUCAUUGGAUAUGCUCCUGAAGCUUGUAGCAGUCUUUGGUCCGAUGAUACGCUCAAUUGUUUCAGCCCCACGUGUUGUUGGUGUUGAUCUGCAUGCUGAGCAAAGGAGAGAUUGUUGCAAUCAGUGUUUUAUGCAGCUGCAGAAGAUUCAGAGACUUCUCCCCCCACUCGUAAGGAGAGGUGGCAUGAUAGCAAGAUGUGCUCAAGAAUUGAUUCUAGUUCUUCAAGAAUGACGAUGAAUGCUGCUGCCACGGCGCCAUCUAUAAGCCAUCUGCUGGUGAACCAUGAAAAAGAAAAGGUCGCUAGCUGAGACGCCACUUAUAGAAGAUUCAAGCUCCAUAGAAGGCCAGUUCAUAUCUUUUAUCUCUUGGAUGCGCAAUUUUGUCUCGCCACCUUACUAUUUCACUCUCUGUCGGCUUUUUAUCCAGUACUGGAAUGGUAGCUUGACCAAGUAUAUCGUCUAUUGCGAUGCAAUCGUUACAUCUUGAAGACGGAGGAGCCAGGCAGCCAGCCUGUGAAUCUCAAUGUCUCCGGUACUCCACAAAACUUUUCUUUCCAUUUUUUUUAUAUUCAGUAUAGCGUUGUUCGUACUGUCAUUUGUCAAAAAUGAAGCAUGUCCUGAUGCAAAUAUAUUUACUUUUCAGCUAUAAUAUAUUCAAUGGAAUAUGUGAAUUCCUGAAGCCCUCUUUCCUUUUAUUUUUAAACUCUAGUCUUCCUAGAUCUGUCCCAUGUUAUAUAAAGUGAGUGGACAUGUUUUAGGUGA